AAUGUCUUAUUGCGCUUUUGCUGGAUGCAAGACAGCUAUUAGAGCUGGAAAAGAACGCAGCAACUGCGGGGGAAGGUUACACUGCUUUCCGAAUCCUAUUACAGAUAGAGAUCGGUGCCAUCAAUGGGUGCAAGCUAGUGGCAGAAAAGAUUUAGCCGAAAGAUUGGAAAAUAAUCCUAAAAGCUUAUCUAGUUUGUAUAUGCGUUCAUUCGCGUGCUCUUGUCACUUAAAUAGUAUUCAACGAUUAAGGCGUACGAUAAAGGAAGAGAGAGCUAAAAGGGUUGAAAUUCAAAAUACAAAAUUCCAUCGUUUAAAAGUCAUUGACGUUAGGAAUUCCUUUAAUAAGUGGAAUGAUCUAAAACAACAUGCUGGAAUGGAAAAUGAUGCAAAAUUUUGUGAAUAUUUAUUAAAUAUGUAUGAAACUUUUACUGGUUAUAAAUAUUUUGAAGCUGAAAGUGCGCUCGUUGAAAAAGAUAGAUCGGAUAAUGGGUGGCUGAAAGAUAUACCUCUAGAUAUUGAACCAAUAGAAAUAUCUUUAAAUGAGAACGAUUGCCAAAGGCCUAGCAUCGAUAAGAAAAAAAGGAAAAGGAUACACUCUUCUCAACUCGAAUGCUCUGAAUGCGAUAAUACGUUUGAAACUGAAUCUCUUUUAAAUGAACACAUGUUGAAAACUCACUCAAAACGAUUAAAACUUCGAAAAUUACCAAAUCUAUUUAAGAAAUUGGAAACGAAGAAACCAUUGUUUUUUUUAUGUGAGUUUUGUGGUCAACAAUUCUUGGAAAAGCGGAAAUAUUGGGAACACAAAAGUCACCGGCACGUCAGACGUAAAAUUGUAAAAUGUCAUUACGAAGGUUGCGGUAUGAUAAUGACAAAUCAUUCUCUAAGCAACCAUAUACGAUUAAAACAUAGUAAAGAGGAACGAUAUCAAUGUAUUUAUUGUGGUCAAAAGUUUAAGAGAGGAGAUUAUUUGAAGAAGCAUGAGAUUACAAAUCAUACUAAGGAAUAUCCAUUUACAUGCGAAAUUUGCCAAUGUGGAUUCUUUCACAAGAGUGAAAUGGAGAGACAUAAAAAGAAAUCUCAUUUAAACUCUGAUGGUAUAGUUCAAAAUAUUUUAAAUAAGAGGCCGAAUCGUAAGCCGAAAGGUGAUGAUAAUCUCAAACCUCAUAUUUCAAAGAAUUUAACAGAAGUACACUUACGGUGUGCUGUAAAUGAUUGUACUUUUAUUUCUGAAUUAGUAAGCGACAUACGAAAUCAUUGUAAACAUAAACAUCUCUUAGCUGAUUCAGAGGAAGUGCUAAUCCGUUGUGCGGAAAGCGGCUGUAAUCACGUGACUAGGACAAAACCCUUACUUUUACAGCAUCAUAACAAUAAACACUUUACGUAUAAGUCUUGGGUUUGCCAAUUUUGUAAUAGAGUUCUGAAGACGAUUACCGCCUACGAAUGUCACGUAAGAACGCAUACAGGCGAAAAACCUUAUUGUUGCGAGGUCUGCGGUAAUACGUUUACCCAAUCAUCAACUUGCUAUGGACAUGAGAGAAAAGUGCACGGCUAUCAUAGAACAAUUAGAGAAAAUGUGAAGAAUAGAUACGACAAAAUAGUAAAAGAGGACGAGUCAGAUCAAAAUGGAGAUAAACGAACUUUCGAAUCAGCGGAAAAUAGUGAUUCUAAAAAUAGAACUUUAAAAGAAGGAGACGUUUUGGUUGAGGAAAUGUCAAUGUCGUAG